AUGUCGGAAAAGUCAAAUUCAUAUUUCAAGUUCGAGAAUUGGUGGCUGAAAACAGAGAACUUCAAGGAAAUGGUGAAGAUCUGGUGGGACUCAAGCACUUUUAGGGGAAGGCCUGACUUCAUCUUAGCAAGUAAGCUUAAACACUUGAAAGAAAAACUCAAAGAAUGGAGCAGAACAAGACAAGGGAACCUGGGACUGCAGAAACAAAGCAUUCUCAACCAGCUGGCUGAAUUAGAGGGGAUCCAAGACCAUAGACAAUUAACAGAUGAUGAGGCAUACCUGAGAGCAGUGCUGUCAGUAGAAUUUGAAGAAAAUGCAAAGAGGGAGGAAGUAGCUUGGAGACAAAGAUCCAGGGCACUAUGGCUUAAAGAGGGGGAUAGAAACACAAAGUUCUUUCAUAGAACUUCUAAUUGCCACAGGAGAUACAACAAUAUUGACAAGUUGUCUGUCGAUGGAGUCUGCACAGGGGAACCAUCAGUGAUUAAGGAAGAAAUCAUAAAAUUCUACAAGACUUUAUAUGCUGAAACAGAAAGGUGGAGACCCCAAUUCAAUGCAAGAACUGGUACUAUGAUAAACGAGGCUGACAAUAUCAUGCUCCAAAGCCAAUUCAGUGAGAAAGAAAUAAGGGAUUGUGUUAUGGCAUGCGCUAGAGAUAAAGCACCAGGUCCUGAUGGUUAUAUUAUGGCUUUCUUUAAUGCUUGUUGGGAUGUACCUUCAUAG